AUGGCCUCGAAGGCCUUGGACUCGUACUUCGCGGCUCCCGAGAGAGGCCCUCGGGCCGAAGGGGACGAGUUCGCGGAGUACGUGGUCCGGGUGGUAAGCCCCUUCCUGCCGGAGCCGAAGCCUGCAUGGUACACCCCGACGCUCUCGGCCGCGGCAACGCGUGUGAUCGCAGCCCUCCGCAACACCGCCCCGCCCACGACGCCCACCUACCAGGAGCGCCUGCUGGCCCUCAAGAACAAGUUCCCGGAGAGCCCCGACGAGUCGGUGGCUGGAGAACCGGCUGCCGACCUGCCAGCCGCUGAAGAACCGGCCCCCCCGGUGCCCUCCGCGCGCACUCGGUCCAAGGCGAAAGGGCGCCGCAAGGCGGAGGCCCCGACCGAGGCGGAGGCCAGCGGUCCCCGCAAGUCGGCGCGCACGGCCACCACCAGCGGCCCCGGUUCUGCUGCCGCCCCGACGGAGGGCGCGCCCACUGACGAGCCCGCUUCGGGGGGCGAGAAGCCGCCGGCGAAGACGAAGGCGGGCGGGAAGAAGACGAAGGGCAAGAAGCCCGCGCCGCGCGACGCCAUCGUCAUCGAGGGCGACUGGACGGGGGCUCCGCGGUGUCUGUAUUGCAGCACUCGCUCGGAGCCCUGCGUCCUUCGCCCAGGUGUGCAGACCUGCGACAGGUGCGCCCGCGACUCGAAGGGGUGCUACGCCCCCGACACGACCCCGGAGGACCUCGCCGCGAAGCGUGCUCAGCGCUUCGUCCAGUACCACGACGCCAAGGGCUAUGCCCGCUGCCUGCUCGAACCGCGCGACGACGGCGCCCUCGUCGCGACGUACCGCGGCAAGAUUCCGUCGCCGGCGGCUGCCCCUACGGCUCCCGCGGGUGGUCAGGUCGCGGUACCAGCCGCGGCGUCUGUCGCGGGCCCGUCGGGGACUGCUGGCAACGCCGACGCGGACACGGACGCCGAGCCGGACACCGUCGCGGGCCCAUCGGGGAAGACCGACGAGGCGGACGCGGACGCAGACGCCGAGCCGGGGAGUCCCACCGAGGCUUGGAGGGGGCAAUCCCCUUCUCGCCUUCCUGGGCGCAUAUCGAGCCUACCCUCGUCGCCCCCGAGCUCGUGUUCUCCAAGGGCAGUGCGGGGCGGCGCAAGGGAACCCGCGCCGCCGAUCCCGACGCGGCCUCGUCGACUUCGACGAAGAAGACCGCGCGUCGGGGGACUGCGCGCCGGCCUACGGUAG